GCUGUUCUCUUUCUUGUUUGCCUUCGUCCUGGUCUCUCCUUGCUGCUGCCUGCGACGUUGAGCUCGCGACAAUGCCCAAGCUACCAAUUCUCCCAUUGCCACACCCUACCAUCCUUCUGCCAGGCGUCAGCGUCUCAGUGCCACUCAACGUCGAUCUUGGUCAGCAUCUCGCCGCAUACGUCCAAGAAUCAAGUGGUCCGGCCGUCGUCGCUGCUGUACCAAUAAUUAGCCCAAAUUCAAGUGAAGGAGAGACACCGGUCUUGAAUGACUGGGGAUGCGCUGCACGAGUGACGCGUCUCUUGCGUCCCUCUGCCCUAGACGAGACUGAAAAGUAUAUCGUGACUUUACAUGGACUUACACGCGUGCGGCUUGCCAAACCUCUGAAAUAUAAGUCGAAGAAGGCGGAAGAUUUGAUGUCUCAUCCUGUUGAGUAUCCACCGAAAGAAAGUGCCCCUGGAGUCGAGGUGGUGAGAGCUUUCAAGGCCGCCGCGUUCAAGCUGCUGGAUCGGCUCGUUCAAGAUGCCGGAAGAGGCUCGCGAAGAGCGGGUUGGACACGCCUUGCGACCAUGGUUGAAGAGGCGUCUGAGAAUAGGCUAACUUGGCUGGCUGAUAUUAUGAUUUGGAGUAUAGUAUCGGAAUAUGAAGAUCGUCUAGCGUAUCUCGCUGAGCAUAAGACGGAUGAACGCCUCAUGCGUGCCGCAGAUCUAUUCCUCAAGCAAAUCACGGUUACGGAAGUGUCCAAGAAAAUCGCCAACGCCGUAGAUGAGUCACUCACGAAACAACAAAAAGAGUUCUUUCUUCGACAACAGCUUGCUGCUAUCCAACGCGAACUAGCCGUCCUCGAGCGCGGAAAUGGCGGUUCUGGCCCCAUUGAUGGCGCCCAAGGUGAUCUAGAUGGAGAAGAUGCAGCGAGUGAGGACGAUCUAGCAGAAGUCAAGCGACGCAUUGAAGCAAUGGAGCGAGGUUCAGAGGAACGCAAGAUGGCAGUUCGCGAGUGGCGUCGUCUCAAGCGAAUCCCACAGCAAUCUGCGGACCAUGCUGUCGUGCGGAAUUAUCUUGAAUGGUUAACCGCUCUCCCAUGGCCUAUGGAGAACGCGCAACCGUCAGAAAGUGCAAAAGCAAUGCGGAACCGCAGCUUCAUCUCUCGUGCAAAGGAGCAACUUGAUGCGGAUCAUUAUGGCCUGGACAAGAUCAAACGCCGACUGGUCGAAUUCCUUGCGGUUAUCAGGCUUCAUCAGCUGGCUGCCGACGCCGAGUUGAAGGCAGAAGAGGCGCAAAGAGAGGCAGAAGGGGCGGAACAGUCCAAGGCAUUGAUCGUCAAAUCAGACAAGGGAGCAGAGAAUAGCGGGGAUUCACCGCCUCCUCUUGUUCCACACAUUCCUCCGAGGAAAAGGUCAAGAAAUGCUGUCAAGGGUCCUAUUUUACUGUUUGUCGGCCCUCCUGGUACAGGGAAGACUUCACUCGGGCAAUCUAUUGCACGUGCGCUCGACAGACCAUUCCAGAGAAUCUCUCUGGGAGGCGUACGCGACGAAGCAGAGAUACGUGGGCAUAGGCGAACAUAUGUCGGUAGCGGACCUGGCCUUAUAGCUCAAGCACUCAGGAAGGCCGGGCGGCUUGAUCCAGUUUUAUUGUUAGAUGAAAUUGACAAAGUGGGACCAAGCAACUAUCAUGGAGAUGUAGGUUCGGCUCUGCUCGAGGUCCUGGAUCCCGAGCAGAAUUUCUCUUUCAACGAUCACUACAUCAACGUACCCAUUGACCUCAGCCAAGUCCUCUUUAUCUGCACCGCCAACACACUCGAUACGAUCUCUGCUCCCUUACUGGACCGAUGCGAGAUCGUCGCACUCGCAGGGUAUACGCACGCGGAGAAAACACACAUCGCACGACGCUUCCUCCUACCCAAGCAACUUCGAGCAAAUGCACUAGACGAAGCACGUCUUGAGAUAAGCGACGCGGUGUUGACUUCGAUAGUUACGAACUACACGCGCGAAGCCGGUGUACGCAGCCUCGAGCGAGCGAUUGGGGCUGUUGUGCGUGCAAAGGCCGUUGCGUGGUCUGAAGCUGUCGAUACUGGGAAGGAAGGGGAUUAUAAUACGAAGGUAGAGGAAAGUGAUUUGGAGGCUAUCUUGGGCGUUGCGAGGUGGGAUGGAGAAGAAAAAGAGAGGGAAGCAAGGAGAGGUGUUGUUUAUGGGCUUGUUGUGAUGGGCCUAGGAGAGGGCGGGAUACUUCCUGUUGAAACUACAGCUGUACCUGGCACUGGGCAGCUGAAGCUUACGGGAUCACUUGGUGAGGUCAUUAAAGAAAGCGGCGAACUGGCACUAAGCUGGGUGAAGACCCACGCAUACAUGCUUAACAUUACGAUCACACCCGCACAGGAUCCAUUAAAGUUCCCUGACCCAAUCGACGUGCAUCUCCACUUGCCUGCUGGUGCGCAGAAGAAGGAUGGCCCGAGUGCAGGUGUUGCGAUGACGUGUGCCUUCGUCUCUCUACUCACAGGAGCAGUUGUACCCUCGAAUGUUGCUAUGACAGGCGAGAUCACGCUUCGCGGACGCGUAACACCCGUAGGAGGGAUCAAAGAAAAGAUCCUCGGCGCUCACCGUGCCUCCAUCACCAAAGUCAUCCUCCCGCUCUCAAACCGCAAAGAUGUCGAACAUGACGUCCCGCCCGACGUUCGCGCAUCGCUUGACCUCGUGUUCGUGCGCACGGUCGAGGAAGCUUUAGACGCUGCGUUUGGGAAGGACGUGCUCGAGUGGAGAAUCGGUGCAAGAGCGAGCAAGAGCGGGACUUUACUUGUUGAGAGUAGGCUUUGAGGUGGUUUGUUCUUGGUUUCUUCGAAUCCUUGUAUUGAAAAUCUGCAUUGAAUCGUCAUCGUCGUGUUUUGGUUGUCUUCUGCCUAACGUAUUUCUUGCCGUGUUGCAUCGCACCGCUGCUAUCCAGUCCAGUUUUGUUUUUGUUUUGCUUUCUGUCUUACCAAGUCACACUCAAACUGUACUCCAACAACAUCCCAAAGUGUCGAAAUAAUCGUGUACGUAUACGUAUAUUCAUAAUAAUUACAUUGCAAA